AUGACAGAAAAGAACGACGACGAAACAGCUUCACAGGUAGAGCCAAUAGUUUCCUUCACGAAAAACGAUUUGGAGGACAAGAACCUUCAUGUGUUAACCACAAUCAUAUCUCCCCAUGGGAAAGAGGUGCAAGUGACGAAUAAUGUGGACCAAGCUAUGAAGUUUGCUUUAGAGCACCAGGGUGAAGUUGUUCAGCUAGAUGAGAAAACAGACAGGAGAGUGUUGCGCAAGAUAGACCUCUUUUUGCUACCAGUUAUGUGUUUGUUAUAUUGUUUCCAGUUCAUGGAUAAACUUACAACGAGUUACAGUUCAAUUUUGGGAUUGCGUUCGGAAUUACAUAUGGUGGGAGACAUGUACAGUUGGACCACGACAUGUUUUUACUUGGGGUACUUGGCGUUUGAGUUUCCUGCAUCGUUACUUCUCCAAAGGUUCCCAGUGGCAAAGACAGUGGGGUGUUUUAUUGUUUUGUGGGGGAUGAUUCUUGCGUUGUGUUCGGUCCCACAAUACGCUGGGUUUAUUGCUUUACGGACAAUCCUUGGUAUGCUUGAGCUGGCUGUGACACCCGCGUUUGCCAUUAUCACAUCCCAAUGGUACAAGAAGGAGGAACAGUUUCUCAGAACCUCUUGGUGGUUUGCAUCAAAUGGGAUUGGAACAAUUCUUGGACUGUCCAUUGCAUAUGGAUUAUAUGAGAACCAAUCGUCGUAUAGUUUACCAGCAUGGAAGUUGGUAUUUGUCGUGACGGGCGUGCUCACUAUUUUCUUGGGGUUUGUUAUCAUGUUGCACAUCCCUGACUCACCAACCAAAGCAUGGUUCCUUUCAGAAGAGGAGAAGGUGUUGGUGGUGGAGAGAAUCAGAUCCAAUCAACAGGGGUUUGGUAAUCCAAGAUUCAAAAAGAAACAAUUUUAUGAGGCCUUGACUGAUCACCGUACCUGGUUGUUUUUCUUAUUUUCCAUUUCAAAUAACAUUCCAAAUGGUGGAAUUACCAGUUUCGGUACAAUUUUGUUGAACGAGCAAUUCGGUUACACAACGUCGCAAUCGUUAUUGAUGCAAAUGCCAUCUGGUGCAGUUGAAAUUGUAGGGUGCGUACUAUUUGCAUGGGCAACGAGGUUUUUGAAAUCAAGGAUGAUGAUGGCAUGCUUCAUAUCGGCUGUGGUGGUGAUGUCACAGUGUUUGUUGGCUUUUGCACCAACUAACUCCGGAAAGUUAGCUGGAUACUACUUGUACACACUUGCCCCUGUUGGCUUCAUUUGCAUCUUGUCACAAGUAUCAUCUUCAGUGGCUGGCCACACUAAAAAGAUCACGGUCAAUGCUAUUUUCUUGAUUGGGUAUUGCGUGGGGAACUUGAUUGGUCCACAGACGUUCAUUGCGAAUCAAGCUCCAGUGUAUGCGGGUGCCAAAAUAGCUAUAGUUGUUUGUGGAAGCGUUGCACUUUGCUGCUUGAUAGCUAUCUACUUUUCUUACUACACGGAGAACAAGAGACGUGAUGCAUUACCCCCGGUUGACAUGAGCCACAUCGAAAACUACGAGUUUGCUGAUUUAACCGAUAAGGAAAAUCCAAACUUCAGAUACGCACUUUAG